CUUCAGCAGCCGAUCGGGGGCGGUGGAAGAGCGAGUGAGGAGAGCGCCACGGCAGCGGCGGCGCAGCCAUCGCCGGACGGCCGGAGUGAGAGCGAGGCCCGAGCCUCUCCGUCUAGUGUAACGGAAUACCUGAGUGCUGAGGCGCGCCUGGAGCAGAGGAGUAAACUCAGUGGUGUGGAGUUGAUCAGGGAAGGUUUCUUAAAAGAGGAUCAAAAUGGUUUCAAUCCCAGAAUACUAUGAAGGCAAGAAUGUCCUGCUCACAGGAGCUACUGGAUUCCUAGGGAAAGUGCUUCUGGAGAAGUUGCUGAGGUCUUGUCCAAAGGUGAAUUCAGUAUAUGUGCUGGUGAGGCAAAAGGCUGGGCAGACCCCUCAAGAACGAGUGGAAGAAGUCUUGAGUGGCAAGCUCUUUGAUAGAUUGAGAGAUGAAAAUCCAGAUUUUAGAGAAAAAAUAAUAGCAAUCAACAGUGAACUUACUCAACCUAAACUGGCUCUUAGCGAAGAAGAUAAGGAGGUCAUCAUAGAUUCAACCAAUAUUAUAUUCCACUGUGCAGCCACAGUAAGGUUUAAUGAAAACUUAAGAGAUGCCGUUCAGUUAAAUGUGAUUGCUACACGACAGCUUGUUCUCCUUGCACAACAAAUGAAGAACUUGGAGGUGUUCAUGCAUGUAUCAACAGCAUAUGCCUACUGCAAUCGAAAGCAUAUUGAUGAAGUAGUUUAUCCACCCCCUGUAGAUCCCAAGAAGCUAAUUGAUUCUUUAGAGUGGAUGGAUGAUGGCCUAGUAAAUGAUAUCACACCAAAACUGAUAGGAGAUAGACCUAAUACGUACAUAUACACGAAAGCAUUGGCAGAGUAUGUUGUACAACAAGAAGGAGCAAAGCUAAACGUGGCAAUUGUAAGGCCAUCGAUUGUCGGUGCCAGCUGGAAAGAACCUUUUCCAGGAUGGAUUGAUAACUUUAAUGGACCAAGUGGUCUCUUCAUUGCGGCAGGGAAAGGAAUUCUUCGAACAAUGCGAGCCUCCAACAAUGCCCUUGCAGAUCUUGUUCCUGUAGAUGUAGUUGUCAACACGAGUCUUGCGGCAGCCUGGUAUUCCGGAGUUAAUAGGUAUAUGAGACCAAGGAACAUCAUGGUGUACAAUUGCACAACAGGCAGCACUAAUCCCUUCCACUGGGGCGAAGUUGAAUACCAUGUAAUUUCCACUUUCAAGAGGAAUCCUCUCGAACAGGCCUUCAGACGGCCCAAUGUAAAUCUAACCUCCAAUCACCUUUUAUAUCAGUACUGGAUUGCUGUAAGCCAUAAGGCCCCAGCAUUCCUGUAUGAUAUCUACCUCAGGAUGACUGGAAGAAGCCCAAGGAUGAUGAAAACUAUUACUCGCCUUCACAAAGCUAUGGUAUUUCUGGAAUAUUUCACAAGUAAUUCUUGGGUUUGGAAUACUGACAAUGUAAAUAUGUUAAUGAAUCAGCUAAACCCUGAAGACAAAAAGACCUUCAAUAUUGAUGUACGACAGUUGCAUUGGGCCGAGUAUAUAGAGAACUACUGCAUGGGAACGAAGAAGUAUGUAUUGAAUGAAGAAAUGUCUGGGCUCCCUGCAGCUAGAAAACAUCUGAACAAGUUACGGAACAUCCGUUAUGGUUUCAAUACCAUCCUUGUGAUUCUAAUCUGGCGCAUUUUUAUUGCAAGAUCACAAAUGGCAAGAAAUAUCUGGUACUUUGUGGUUAGUCUGUGUUACAAGUUUCUGUCAUACUUCCGAGCAUCCAGCACUAUGAGAUACUGAAGACCAAGAAUUUAGCAUUAGAACAUCUAUGCAUAUGGUGGUCUAAAUGCACAACAUGUAAAAUGUACUUAAGUCAUCUCACCUUUUGUCAAGACAUUAAACCAUAUUAGAUCAGAGUGUGGAAUAAAUUAUGGUACAUUUUAUGUAACAUUUUAAUGUUUAUGCUCAUGAAACCUAGUGAACACACUGGUAUGUCAGCUCAAAUUUACAGUAGCCACCAACACCAUGACUUCACCUUUAAUCCAUGGGAGAAGGGAGUAGGGAUGAGGACAGGAGUGGGGAAGCGGAAACACUGACCAGUAUAACUGUGCAAUUCUGGAACAUAUUCAUCAAAAUAUGCCUUAAGAGAUAGGGAAUCUCUAGUUCAGAUAUUCUGCAUUGGAAAGCAUCUAUUUGGACGGGGAAGCUAGAAAAGUUGGAAGAUAGUUGAUUCUUGGUUCUUUAUUGUUUGAUUUGUUAGUCUGCUAAAGUGGGUUUUAGUUUUGUUGAAAUUACACCCUUUUCACAUCAUCCUCUGAGUUAGUUACACGUGUUCUCUUUUUUCUUUCUCUGGUUAAAUGUGGUGCAUAUCAUUUUUCUAUAAGCAAUCAGCUUCAUAAUCUGAAGGCUGUCUAUUAUUCUGAAGAUCCAACUUGUUCUAAAUGGGUUUGAGAAUACAUAUCGGUAUGUGCUAUAUGGUUUUUUGAAGGAAAGUGAAAAUAGAAUGUCAAUCUGUUCAUAUCAGAAAGAAUAGGAAUACAUUUUUCUUGUCCACAUUAUAAUCUGAUAAGAGCUGGUCCUGUGGUAGUGUGUUCAUGUUUUGAAGCAGGAGGAUUCCUCAAGCCUCGGUAGGUUUCUGAGGGUGGGGACAGAUUCACCAUGCUUGUGCUCCCUUCCCUUUAUGAAUCCUUUUCAUAGGCCUUGUAAAAGGCUUGUCCUGUCUUUUAAAUGAAAUCUGAAACUGCAUUAUUAGGAAGAAUGUAUUUGCAGUUAGUAAUAACAAGAAUAAAAUGUCCUCAUGUGUGCACAUACUAAUUCUGACCUUGAAAGCUGAAUUCCUUCAAGAAAAAUCAAAUGAUGGAUGAAUACUGUGUAUACAAUUAAAUAAAGGACUUUAUUUACAUACCACAUAAAGUAGCAAACUGUUGAAUGAGUUUGAAGAUACCAUUUAUUUUUUCUGCAUGUGGUUUUUAGCUUUAGAAAGAAGUGCAUUAUAUAAACAAUACGGCAAGAAAAUUGAUGUAUAUUUUAAUAAUUAUAAUUUCGUUUAAAUCUUAAUAGGCAUUACUGCUACCUUUUGACAUACAUUUGGUUUAAUAAAUUGUUAAGCUAGCACUGUUUUAACUUAUCAAAUUAUAUUUAAUCAUCAGUCUGUCUUCCCUGUGUUUAGAGAUGUCAGUUCAUAAUACAAAAAGUUACAUGGAAAUUUACAUCCUAAUUUUGUCAGCUUAAAUGCGAUGUAUAAGUUUAUUUUGCUGUUGUGAAAAGCCUAAAUGUGUAGGAAAGCACCUUCUUCCAUGUAGGUGUAUAAUCUUGGAAACGAAAAAUGCUUCCAUGUUGAAGCCAGAUUUUCUGUAGUAAAACUUUCUAAACAUUAUUUUUAAAGAAAUAUAUAUAUAUAUAAAUAUCUAUAUAUUCUUUGGAAUGAUCCUAAAGUCUGGUCUAGGACCACACCUUGUAGAAGGUGUGAGAGACUAUGACACUGUCUAAAAAAUGAAAUAAAUGAUAAUGCCUUUGAUUUACAGUGGCUCAUGGAAUAAACAUUUAGCACUCCCUCUCCCUGAGAAAAAAUGCUAACAUUUGUAUGAUUCUUUUUUUACUUAAUGUCGACUGAUUCAGAUGAUUGUCUGUCUUAUAAAGGGUAGGGUACAAUUUAGGUAAGUGUGUGAAGCCAAAAAAAAGGGUAUGUCUUCUAGAUUGAUUUAUUGUUCAUGUGAUCAGACUUAGAGAAAUGCAAACUAGGAAGCUAUUGAGGCCACUAUGUUACAAUUUUGUGUGCGUGUAUGUAGAAUUCUGUCGUCAAAAGAAAGCUAAUGAAGAUAAAUUGAGCAAAUAUGUCUGCCAUUCUGAAAUUUUAAAGUUAGCAUAAAUAUGUAGACUGUUGAUCCCCACCCACCAACUCAACUUUAAAUCAAAAUUGUCUAUCAGUUCUGUUGGUGUCAUUUGUUAGACAUGCUUUGUUUGAUUAUGUUUUCUGUACAGAUGUACACAGUCUGUUGGAAAAACUUAAAACUUUGACUUAUUUGAUAAAGUUAAAUUUUGAACA